CUAGCCAAACGCAUUUUGUCUUUGAUCAAUAACUGUUUUGAAGACUCGAAGUCUUGUCUUUUGCCUUUUUUUGAUUUUUUGGUCAAGCUUGUCUUUUGCCUCACCAAAGUGAAUUUAUGCCAAUCUACAAUCCCUUUGUACAACCAUCGAUCAAUACCAUUGUCUCCAAUCUCCAUCCAUACCAACAAAGAAAAUUAACAAUAUGGUUGUCUCCUAGGCCUGUGUACAUGAGUAACAUGACCCAAAUGGACAGCUACCAUAACCAUGCCCUCUUGCCAAAUCAGUGUGGUUCAACCCUGGUCCAGAUCAUAGAUGCACCACUUCCUCUGGUUUGGUCAAUCCUUCGCCAAUUUGAUAACCCUCAGGCCUACAAGCUCUUCAUAAAGAGCUGCACAAUGCGCACUGGGGAUGGAGGCGUAGGAAGCAUUCGUGAAGUAAUGGUUAGCUCUGGUUUACCUGGUAAAACCAGCACGGAGAGGCUUGACAGGCUCGAUGAUGAGAAGCAUGUCAUGAAUAUUAGCAUUCUUGGUGGUGAACACAGGCUUGUCAACUACAGGUCUACUACCACGGUGCAUGAAGAGGAAGAAGAGAAAGGUAUGAAGACUGUUGUGAUUGAAUCCUACGUGGUGGAUAUUCCUGGUGGGAGUAGUCAAGAGGAUACUUGCUUGUUUGCUAAUACUAUCAUAGGUUACAACCAUAGGUCACUGGCUAAAGUUGCAGAAAGGAUGGCUGGUAAUUGAUUAAAUGAUUAGCUUUUUAAUUAAGAGUUUUAUUAGAGAGUUCAGGUUUCUAGCUCCGUUUAAUUUGUAUGUUGUCGGUGUUCCUGCUAAGCUGUUUUUCUUGACUUCUUGUUGUAGCGGUCAUUAUGUGAUAAGUAUCAUAUCUGCUGUAUAUGAUCAGAUUUGCAUAACUUUCUUUUAUCCAAUAUUUAGUUUAAUGGAAAAGAAAGGAAAGAGAGCAAAGCAGUAAAGUUGUUCCCUGAGCUC